AUGAAGCAAAGAUUCUCCUCACUAGACGUCAAGGCCAUCUCGCAUGAGCUCCAGGAAAGUCUGGUGAACUUGCGGCUUGCCAAUAUCUACGACCUCUCCUCCAAAAUCCUCCUCUUCAAGUUCGCGCAGCCCGAGAACAAGAAGCAGCUGGUCAUUGACUGUGGUUUCCGCUGCCAUCUUACCGACUUUGCCCGCACAACGGCCGCCGCGCCAUCCCCCUUUGUCGCUCGUUUGCGCAAGUUCCUCAAGACCCGUCGCGUGACCGGUGUCUCGCAGAUCGGCACCGACAGGAUCAUAGAGUUCCAGUUCAGCAACGGCGCUUACCGUCUAUAUCUAGAGUUCUUCGUCAGCGGCAAUGUCAUCCUCACAGAUGCCGAGCUCAACAUCAUCACCUUGCUCCGGAAUGUACCUGAAGGCGAGGGCCAGGAACCGCAGCGCGUCGGUCUAAAAUAUUCUCUGGAGAACCGACAAAACUACAACGGCGUCCCGGCCUUGACCAAAGAGCGGUUGCGGAAUGCGUUAGGGACGAUGGCCGAGAAGGCCGCAAGGGCCGCGGCUACGGGAAAGAAGGCGAGCAGGAAAGCCGCGGAUGAGCUAAGGAGAGGCCUGGCCACGACCAUGACGGAGCUCCCCCCGAUGCUUGUGGACCAUGCAUUUCAGGCCACCGGCUUCGAUUCGACCUCGAAGCCCGCCGCAGUGCUCGAGAAUGAUGAGCUCUUCGAGGGACUCUUCAAGGCAUUGGAAGAAGCUCGACGGAUUGUUGAUGAAGUCACAAACUCGCCAACCUGCAAGGGGUAUAUCAUUGCCAAGAAGAGACCUCGCGCAGAUGGUGAUGCUGUGAACGCCGAAAAACCCGAGGGCCUGUUGUACGAAGAUUUUCACCCAUUCCAACCUGCUCAGUUCAGCAACGACCCAACCUACAAAAUUUUGGAUUUCGAGACCUUCAAUAAAACCGUAGACGAGUUCUUCUCAUCCAUUGAGGGCCAGAAAUUGGAAUCACGACUUCAGGAGCGCGAGGAGACUGCCAAGAGGAGGAUAGAGGCCACCAGGCAGGAUCAUGCCAAACGAAUCGAGGGCUUGCAAGAAGCUCAGUCGAUCAACCUGCGCAAGGCGGCUGCCAUCGAGGCAAAUGUCGAGCGCGUGCAGGAAGCCAUGGAUGCCGUUGCCGGACUGGUGCAGCAAGGCAUGGACUGGGUCGACAUCAACAAGCUCAUAGAACGGGAGCAGAAGCGGAACAAUCCUGUCGCAGAGAUCAUCAAGCUGCCCCUCAAGCUUCAAGACAACAUGAUUACCCUGCGUCUUAGCGGCGAGGAGGAGGAGAAUGAUGAAGAGUUUGACAACUUUGACUAUGACACCGACUCCUCAGUGUCUGAAGAUGAUGACGAUUUGGACACCAAGGAGGGCAAGGAGAAGGCUGCCGAUUCUCUGCUAGAGGUUGACAUCAAUCUGGGUCUCUCACCCUGGAGCAACGCCAGGGAGUACUACGAAGAGAAGCGCACGGCAGCGGUGAAACAGCAGAAGACCGUCGAGCAGUCGUCAAUAGCGCUUAAGAAUGCGGAACAGAAGAUUAACGCGGAUCUCAAAAAGGGGCUGAAGCAGGAGAAGGCGGUUCUGCAACCAAUCCGGAAGCAGUUCUGGUUUGAGAAGUUCCUGUGGUUCAUUUCCUCCGAUGGUUAUCUCGUUCUGGGAGGCCGGGAUGCGCAGCAGAACGAGAUGAUUUACAGACGCUAUCUCCGCAAGGGAGACGUGUACGUUCAUGCAGACCUUCAUGGCGCUCCAAGCGUCAUCAUCAAGAAUAACCCUCAAACCCCCGACGCACCGAUACCGCCCUCCACGCUGUCGCAGGCUGGGAAUUUAGCAGUCUGCGCCUCAAAUGCCUGGGACUCGAAGGCAGGCAUGGGUGCCUACUGGGUGACAGCUGAUCAAGUGUCAAAAUCAGCUCCUGCUGGAGAGUUUCUUCCCACCGGCAGCUUCAUGAUCAGAGGCAAAAAGAACUUUCUAGCGCCGGCACAGUUAUUGCUCGGGUUCGGCAUCAUGUUCAAGAUCAGCGAGGAGAGCAAGGCCAAACAUGUCAAGCACCGCCUGCAUACGCUGCCUGAAGUCGGUAGCCUCUCGAGAUCUGAGACGGCAGAGACAGCCAGGUCGAAUGCUGAGACCCUUCACGAGGACGAUCGGGACAACUUGAGUGACUCUGACUCUGACGAUGAAGGUGACGAAGCGUCCGCCCCUCGCGCUAAUCCUCUUCAGCCAUCGCAAGAGCGUCAGAGCGACUCAGACGAGGAGCAGACGAACAAGCCACAAGCUCCGACGGAGGAGCUCGCCAAACUCGAUGUAGAAGACGAGCAAGAGAAGCCGGAAGCUGCUGAGGAAGCUCCUGUCGGCGAUGAAGAUAUGGACAGCGCCGCCCAGGAUGAUGCUCCGGACGAGGAUGCGAAAAAGCAGCCCCAACCACCUUCCCGACCGAAUCCACCCACACAACAGAAACAAGCCGCCCCGAAACGAGGCCAGCGAGGCAAAGCCAAGAAGAUCGCCGCCAAGUACAAGGACCAGGACGACGAGGACCGCGCCGCUGUCGAAGCGCUCAUCGGCGCCGCAGCCGGACGUCAAAAGGCCGAGGCCGAGGCCAAGCUCAAGGCCGAGAAGGAGGCCCAGCUCGCGGCGAUCAAGGAGCGCCGGCGCCAGCAGCACCAGCGCCAGCAGCAGACGACCAAGGAGCACGAGGAGCUGCGGCGCCUGAUGCUGGACGAAGGGGUCGAGGUGCUUGACGAGGCGGAGCAGGCGAACCUGACGGCGCUCGACGCGCUGGUCGGCACGCCCCUGGCCGGCGACGAGAUCCUCGAGGCCGUGCCCGUCUGCGGGCCGUGGACGGCCAUGGCCAAGGUCAAGUACAAGGCCAAGAUGCAGCCCGGAGCGGUCAAGAAGAACAAGGCGCUGAAGGAGGUGCUCGAGGGGUGGAAGGCCGCGGCGGGGAAGAAGGGCGUGCUGGACGAGCAGAGCCGCGACACGGAGAAGAUGUGGCCGCGCGAGGUGGAGCUGAUCAAGGCGGUCAAGCAGGAGGAGGUGGCCAACUGCGUGCCGGUGGCCAAGUUGAGGGUCAUGAUGGCGGGCGGCGCCGGCGGCAAGGGCGGAGGUGGAGGCGGAGGCGGAGGCAAGUCGGGCGCCAAGGGUGGAAAGGGGGGGAAGAAGAAGUGA